GGGGGGGGUUCCCGGCUGGGUUGGGGCCGGAGCCAGGCUGAGCCGGGGCUGGAAUGCCAGUGUACUUCUUCGCGUUCUUGGCCUUGCUGUUGGUUGCGCUCGGCGCCCUCUUCCUCGGCCGGUGGCUUGUGGUCCGGUUGGCCACCAAGUGGUGCGAACGGAAGCUGCAGGCAGAGCUAAAGAUUGGCUCUCUUUUUUGGAUUCAGAAUGUCAGUCUUAAGUUUCAGCAACACCAACAAACAGUGGAAAUUGAUAGCCUGUGGAUUUCCAGCAAGCUCCUUAGUCAUGAUCUGCCACACUAUGUGGCAUUGUGCUUUGGAGAGGUGCGUAUCAGAACGGACCUGCAGAAGGUUUCUAGCCUGUUUGCCCCGUUCUCUCAGAACACUGGGGUGCAUCAAAAGGAGCUGUCCUUUAGUCCAUCUUUAUUGAAGAUCUUCUGCCAGUUAUUCUCCAUUCAUGUAGAUUCUAUAAAUAUCAUGGUUCUCAAGGUGGCUACUUCUGAGUCCCUGUGGCAUAUCAGAAUCAGGAAAAGCAGCUUUCUUUUGGAUAGUGAUGGGAAAAGACUGAAAAGUGAGGUGAGCCUAAGUCAGAUCAACAGCAAAGUUCUUAAGAGUGGUCAGUUGGAAGACACCUGCCUUGCAGAGCUCUCACUGGCUCUAAAAUUGUGUCUAGAGGUGAGCACCAGCAGUUGGAAAUUGAAGGCAAUCUCUGUGGACGUGUGGACAUUGCACGCUGAGCUGCAUGAGGGUCUUUUCCAUAGUAAGCUGCUGCGCCAGGGCCCUAGCCCGGCACCCACGCCUGUUCCCUAUUCAGAAGUGGCAGAGGACUUGGCUGAACCAGUUCUGCCUGGGCUGUGCUUUCUUCAGCAGCUGCCAGACCAGGUCAAAGUGAAGAUGGAGAGCACAAGUGUGGUACUCUCCAUGAACAGUCAAAAGAGGCACUUGAAUUGGACAUUGAAGCUGCUUCAAUUCUUAUACCACCGUGAUGAGGAUCAAUUGCCCCUUCGAAGCUUCACAUCAAACUCUGAUAUGGCACAGAUGAGCACUGAACUUCUGCUGAAAGAUGGGUUAUUACUGUCCCAGAGCCGUCAGCGCAUUGUCUGCCUCAAUUCCCUCAAAGCUAGCAUUCAGGUGACCACCAUUGACCUCUCAGCCUCCCUGUUUCUGAAUACUUGCAUUAUUCAUUAUCGGCACCAGGAAUUCUCUCAUUGGCUACAAAUGCUAGCACUGGAGACACAUGGGUCUAAUUCAUCAGCUCUUAAGAAAAGGGAAAAACGAAUCUUCCCCCAGAUUCUGGCUCCCAUCAUCUUUAGCACCUCUAUCUCCAAUGUCAACAUUUCCAUUCAGCUGGGAGAUACACCACCCUUUGCCUUGGGAUUCAAUUCCGUCUCUCUGGAUUACCAACACUUGAGGCCACAAAGUAUCCAUCAGCGAGGCGUCCUAACUGUAGAUCAUCUCUGCUGGCGGGUGGGCAGUGACUCCCACAUUCAACGGGCACCCCACCCACCCAAUAUGCAUGUUUGGGGCGAGGCACUUGUCCUGGACUCCUUUGCACUACAGGGUAGCUAUAACCAACCUCUGGGCUUAUCCAGCUCCCAGUCAGAUACCCUCUUUCUUGAUUGUACUAUCCGAGGACUACAGGUAGAAGCAUCAGACACCUGUGCCCAAUGUCUCUCUCGGAUUUUAUCCUUGAUGGGCCCACAGUCUGGGAAACCAGCUAUUUCUAGGGAAUCUUCAUUUGGGGAAUCUGUGUCGUUAUUGUGGAAGGUGGACUUGAAGGUGGAGGACAUGAACUUGUUCACCCUUUCUCCCCUGGUUGGUGCUUCUGAGAUUCGACUUGACACACUAACUGUCCUGGGCAGUGCUGAAACUUCUACUGUGGGUAUUCAAGGACUCGUGCUUGCAUUGGUGAAGUCGGUCACAGAGAAGAUGCAGCCCUGUUGCAAGGCUCCUGACAUUCCUGCUCCAGUGCUCUGCCUCUCCAUGCUCUCCAUCACCUAUCAUAGCAGUAUACGCUCUCUAGAGGUUCAGUGUGGUGCAGGGCUCACCUUACUGUGGAGCCCCCCAGAUCACAUGUACCUAUAUCAGCACAUCCUGGCCACCUUACAGAGCCGAGAUCUCCUGAGAGCCACUCUGUUUCCUGAGACUGUUCCACUUAUUGAAGACGAGACUUCCAGGACUUCCUGUGAGCUAGAAAGCCAACCCCCUGAGCCAUCUCCCCCCAAGCGACUGCUAAACUUGACACUAGAAGUGAGCACGGCCAAACUGACAGCUUUUGUAGCUGAGGACAGGUUCAUUACCCUGGCUGCCGAGAGUAUAUCUGUCAGCCGGCAUGGAGGUUCAUUGCAGGCUUACUGUCCAGAGCUGGCUGCUGGUUUUGAUGGCAAUGGUAUUUUCAAUUUCAAGGAGGUGGAGUUGCAACUGCUGCCUGAGCUGGAGGAGAUGAUCCUCCACCGGAAUCCCUUCCCUAUGUUACAGACCCUCCGGAACCGUGUUUGGCUUCUCUCCUUGGGCUCAGUCUCAGUGGAGUUUCCUUAUCAGUAUGACUUCUCCCGAACUCUUGAUGAGGCAGUGGGAGUGCAGAAAUGGUUGAAGGGGCUGCAUCGAGGAACUCAUGCUCAGGCCUCUCCAAGUCCUGCCCCCCUCCCACCUGAUCUCCUUUUGAAGAUUCAACACUUCUCAUGGGUUUUCCUGGAUGACAUAUUUGAGGUAAAGCUUCGUGAUAACUAUGAACUGAUGAAGGAUGAAAGUAAGGAGAGUGCCAAAAGGCUACAGCUGUUGGAUGCUAAAGUAGCUGCCCUGAGAAAGCAGCAUGGGGAGUUACUGCCAGCUCGCAAAAUUGAAGAGCUUUAUGCCUCUUUGGAACACAAAAACAUUGAAAUCUACAUCCAGCGCUCCCGUCGUCUCUAUGGCAACACGCCCAUGCGCCGAGCACUGCUCACUUGGAGCCUGGCAGGGUUAGAACUGGUGGCUUUGGCAGACGCGUCUUUCCAUGGGCCUGAACGUGUGUUGGAGCAGGUUCGAGAACUUGAUCCAGUCAGCCCAUUUCCUCCAGAAGGAAUCGAUCUUGUUAUUCAGUGGUGCCGUAUGAUCAAGUGCAAUGUCAAGACAUUUUUGGUUCGGAUAAGAGAUUAUCCCCGGUACCUGUUUGAGAUCCAUGACUGGAGACUGAAUGGUCGGCUUGUGGGCACUGAGCAGAGCGGUCAGCCUUGUUCCCGUCGGCGUCAAAUAUUGCACUUGGGGCUUCCCUGGGGUAAUGUGGCAGUGGAAAGGAACAUGCCCCCACUCAAGUUCUACCAUGACUUCCGCUCGGAAAUCUUCCAGUAUACAGUGAUUUGGGGCCCAUGCUGGGAUCCAGCCUGGACACUGAUUGGCCAAUCUGUGGACCUCUUGACCAAACCCUCAGCUGACCCUAGCCCACCCUUGCCUUGGUGGGACAAGAGCCGUCUUCUGUUCCAUGGAGACUGGCACAUGGACAUUGAACAGGCCAAUCUGCACCAGCUCGCUACUGAGGACCCAUACAACACAACUGAAAAUAUGCACUGGGAGUGGAACCACCUGUCAUUUCACUGGAAACCUGGUCAGUUUGUGUUCAAGGGUGACUUGGACGUCAACGUGAGAACAGCCUCUAAGUAUGAUGACUGCUGCUUCCUACACCUGCCUGACCUCAGCAUGACACUGGACCUGCAGUGGCUGUGCCAUGGGAACCCCCAUGAUCACCAUAGUGUUACUCUGUGGGCCCCAGAGUUCCUGCCUGAGGUGCCCUUGGGCCAACUUCAUGACUCCUACCGGGCCUUCCGUUCUGAGAACCUCAAUCUUUCCAUCAAGAUGGAUCUGACUCGGCAUAGCGGGACAAUAUCCCAGCCCCGAAUUCUGCUGUAUAGUAGUACGUUGCGCUGGAUGCAGAACUUCUGGGCUACUUGGACUAGCGUCACUAGACCUAUCUGCAGGGGAAAACUCUUCAAUAAUCUGAAGCCUAGUAAGAAGAAACUUGGCCAACACUACAAGCAGCUUUCCUAUACUGCACUCUUUCCGCAGCUACAGGUGCAUUAUUGGGCCUCAUUUGCUCAGCAACGGGGCAUCCAGAUUGAGUGCAGUCAGGGGCAUGUCUUCACUCGGGGAACUCAGCGGCUUAUACCUCAAGCAGGCACAGUGAUGCGGCGCCUCAUCUCUGACUGGAGUAUAACGCAGAUGGUUAGUGACCUAAGUGAGGUGACUGUCCACCUGAUGGCCUCACCUACCGAAGAGAACGCUGAUCACUGUCUUGAUCCCUUGAUAACAAAGACCCACCUACUGAGCCUGUCCUCCCUCACCUACCAACGGCAUAGCAAUCGCACAGCUGAAGAGGAUCUCUCUACUCGAGUUGGAGAUCCUGCCUUUCAUACGCACCAGCUUCACUUAGUAGAUUUAAGGGCUUCCUGGACAACCACCAACCGGGACAUUGCCUUUGGUUUAUAUGAUGGCUACAAGAAAGCAGCUGUACUCAAGCGUAAUCUUUCUACUGAAGCCCUGAAGGGAUUAAAGAUUGAUCCCCAGAUGCCAGCCAAAAAGCCAAAGCAGAGUGUCCCGGCCAGUGCCCCUGCCCCACCUCCCGCCAGCACUCCCAGCUUAAGUGGUCGGCCUGAUAAGGGGUCAUCAGGAGGUGCAUACAUGCUGCAGAAGUUGAUUGAAGAGACAGACAGGUUUGUAGUGUUCACAGAAGAAGAAUCAGGUGUAAGUGACCAGCUGUGUGGCAUUGCUGCCUGCCAGACGGAUGAUAUAUAUAACCGAAACUGCCUUAUCGAGCUGGUCAACUGCCAGAUGGUCCUUCGUGGAGCAGAAACAGAAGGCUGUGUCAUUGUGUCAGCUGCCAAAGCCCAGUUGCUGCAGUGCCAACACCAUCCAGCCUGGUAUAGUGACACAUUGAAGCAGAAGACAUCCUGGACUUGCCUAUUGGAUGGGAUGCAGUACUUUGCCACUACUGAAAGCAGUCCCACUGAGCAGGAUGGUCGACAGCUCUGGUUAGAGGUGAAGAAUAUUGAGGAGCACCGUCAGCGUAGUCUGGACUCAGUGCAGGAGCUGAUGGAGAGUGGGCAAGCAGUGGGAGGCAUGGUUGCCACUACCACAGACUGGAAUCAGCCAGCUGAAGCACAAGUUCAGCGGAUCAUUUCACGCUGCAACUGCCGAAUGUACUAUAUUAGUUACAGCCAUGAUGUUGAUCCUGAGCUGGCAACUCAGAUUAAGCCACCUGAAGUUCAUGAGAACCAGGAAAAGGAAGAUCUCCUAAAGAAGCAGGAAGGAGCUGUAGAUACCUUCACCCUCAUCCACCAUGAACUAGAAAUCUCCACCAACCCAGCUCAGUAUGCCAUGAUCCUGGAUAUUGUCAACAACCUACUGCUCCAUGUAGAACCCAAACGGAAGGAGCACAGUGAGAAGAAGCAGCGGGUUAGGUUCCAGUUGGAGAUCUCUAGCAAUCCUGAGGAGCAACGCAGCAGCAUAUUACACUUGCAGGAGGCUGUGCGACAGCAUGUGGCUCAGAUACGGCAGCUGGAAAAGCAGAUGUAUUCUAUUAUGAAGUCUUUGCAGGAUGACAGUAAGAACGAGAACCUGCUUGACCUGAACCAAAAGCUUCAGCUGCAGCUAAACCAAGAGAAGGCUAACCUACAGUUGGAAAGUGAAGAGCUUAAUAUCCUCAUCAGGUGUUUUAAGGAUUUUCAGCUGCAGCAGGCCAAUAAGAUGGAAUUGCGAAAGCAACAAGAAGAUGUCAGUGUGGUUCGUCGCACUGAAUUCUAUUUUGCUCAAGCACGGUGGCGCCUGACAGAGGAAGAUGGACAGCUCGGAAUUGCUGAGCUGGAGCUGCAGCGAUUCCUCUAUAGCAAGGUGAAUAAGUCUGAUGACACAGCAGAACACCUCCUGGAAUUGGGCUGGUUCACUAUGAACAAUCUCCUUCCUAAUGCAGUGUAUAAGGCAAUCCUACGGCCACAGAGCUCCUGUCAGUCUGGGCGGCAGCUAGCAUUGCGCCUCUUCAGCAAAGUCCGACCCCCAGUUGGGGGUAUCUCUGUGAAGGAGCACUUUGAGGUAAACGUGGUGCCUCUCACCAUCCAGCUGACACACCAGUUCUUCCAUAGAAUAAUGGGCUUUUUCUUUCCUGGCCGAAGUGUAGAAGAUGAUGAGGUUGGUGAUGAAGAAGAUAAAUCCAAACUGGUGACUACUGGAAUACCAGUGGUGAAGCCUCGACAGCUGAUUGCAACAGAUGAUGCAGCACCACUGGGCCCUGGGAAGGGUGUGACACAGGGCUUGAAUCGGAGUUCUGGGGUCAGAAGGUCAUUUCGCAAAGCACCAGAGCACCCUGUGGAUGAUAUUGACAAGAUGAAAGAGCGAGCUGCCAUGAACAACUCCUUCAUCUACAUAAAGAUUCCACAGGUUCCACUGUGCGUCAGCUAUAAGGGCGAGAAGAACAGUGUGGACUGGGGUGACCUUAACCUGGUGCUCCCAUGUCUGGAGUAUCACAACAACACAUGGACAUGGCUAGACUUUGCCAUGGCUGUCAAAAGGGACAGUCGCAAAGCCUUGGUUGCCCAGGUAAUCAAAGAGAAGCUAAGGUUGAAGCCUGCAACAGGGACUGAAGUCCGGGGAAAACUAGAAACUAAAUCAGAUCUCAACAUGCAACAACAGGAAGAGGAGGAGAAAGCUCGGCUGCUCAUUGGUCUAAGUGUGGGCAAAAAGAACCGGAGCAAGAAAUCCAUCUUCGGCAGGCGCAAAUGAUCCAGCAAGAGCAACUGCUGCACGGGAUCUGACUCUGGCUCAUGCUCCAGGGACUGUGGGGUGGGAGGCGUUUCCCUUCAUCCAGUAGGGUGUGGGGGUCUGGAGCCCACAGGUGCCUGUAGAGAGGCAUUGCUGUUUAGCACCUCACCUGUUCCCUGAAGAGCGUGGUGGACAAUAAUGCUGAGUUCUACCUCACACUGAUCAGCAGGUCCAAGGUCAGAGAGGCGCCAAGAGAGUGAGACCCAGGAAGCAGGCCCAGGGCUAGGGAUCGAAUUCUCGCGGAAUUAGCUGAAAGGGUGGGGAGACAGUCCCGAUCAAGUGUGGUAAAUUUUUAUAAACAUACAUACAUAUAAAUAUAUACACAUAUAUAUUUCUAAGUGUAACUGCUCUCCUUCUGUGCCAGAAAGCUGAGGGUGGGGGUGGGGGUUGAUUUAUCCCUCAUUCCACUGCCUUGUAUGAAAGAGGUAUUAGUGUUCUGGGGUAAAUCAGCCCCUCCCCAGUCUGCCAAGCUUAUUUGGGAGGAUGGCAAUAACUGCCAGGGCUGGUCAUGGGUGUCCCUGGGUUAUGCCUUGAAGAAUGAUAAAUGAUUUAAAGAGAAAAAUAUAUUUUAAAUUUGA